CAAAGCAGACAGAGGAGUCCUGUAAAAGUAAUUUUAUUCCUAAAAAAAGGGAGAUGCCCAAGGAGCGUUGGCCCCCCACAUGCAGCAGGUGACUGUGGAGAGGGAUCCAUGAUUUUCACGGAGGUGAAUCUUGGUGUUUCUGAGCGUUAUUGUGCUAAGUGUUUGUGCUUUGGUGUUCUGCAGAGGCUGAAUCUUUCUAGUUUGAAGAAGGUUUUGGCUGAAUCUCGAUGUUUGGGGAGCUAUUAAUCUGUGCCUUGGUGCUUGUUGGAUUUUUGUGCGAAUCUUGGUGUUUUGGAGGUUCUUACAGACAUAAGAUGCCCAAUGACUUUCUGAGAUGAACUUGGGCGAGGAGGAGCCCCCAGCCCAAGGCUCUCUCUUCUUUUUUUUUCUCCCAAACCAGGAUUUUUCAUUCCCAAGCUGUGGCCAGAUGGAGGAGGAGGAAAAUCCCUGGAGAUGCCGCACGAGGAGACGCUACAAGGAGGAAAGAGCCCCCCUGUGCCGGGAAGACGUUCCAAUAUCCAUCUUGAGCUCAGAGCUGGUGGAGAAACCUCAUGGCAGGGAGAAGCCCCACAAGUGCUUGGAAUGUGGGAAGGGCUUCAGGUACAGUUCCGACCUGAGAAAACACCAGAGGAUCCACACUGGAGAAAAGCCCUAUGAGUGUGGGGAAUGUGGGAAAAGCUUCAGCCACAGCUCCAACCUGAGGAAACACCAGAGGAUCCACAGUGGGGAAAAGCCCUAUGAAUGUGGGGAAUGUGGGAAGAGCUUCAGCCAGAGCUUCCACCUGAGGGAACACCAGAGAAUCCACACUGGGGAAAAGCCCUUCGAGUGUGGAGAAUGUGGGAAAACCUUCAGGAAGAUCUCUGGUCUGAUCCAGCACCAAGUGGUCCACACUGGGGAACAGCCUUAUGAGUGCUUGGAGUGUGGGAAGAGCUUUGGGUGGAGCUAUGCCCUGAGAAGCCACCACCAGCGCAUUCACAUUGGGGAGAGGCCCUAUGAGUGUUCUGAGUGUGGAAAGAGGUUUCAGUCCAGCUCCAGUCUCCUCGUACAUCAGCAGAUUCACACAGAGGAGAGGCCCUUCCGCUGCCCUGACUGCGGGAAGGGCUUCAAGUGCAACUCGUACCUCAUCCUGCACCAGCGCAUCCACACUGGGGAGAGGCCCUACGAGUGUCCCCAGUGUGGGAAGAGGUUUCAAAGGAGCUCCGAUGUCCUCGUACAUGAGCGGAUUCACACAGAGGAGAGGCCCUUCCGCUGCCCCGACUGCGGGAAGGGCUUCAAGCACAACUCCACCCUCACCAAGCACCGGCGCAUCCACACCAGGGAGAGGCCCUACGAGUGUGGGGAGUGUGGGAAGAGCUUCUGCAGCAGUUCUAACUUGACCCAACACCAACGGAGGCACCACUAAGGGAAGCCCUGUGAGUGCCCCGAGUGCGGGAAGAGCUUCGUGCGCUGCUCCAGCUCCAUCCCCCAUGGGAGGAUCCACGUUGGAUGAUCCCCAGUGACCCCCGCUUGAGCAGAGCCCUGGUGAUCUGUCGUCCUGGUGAUUUGUGUUGGGAAGACAUCUGGCUGGGUGGCUCCAGAUCUUCCUGGUUCCCUGUGGGCACCUGGAUGAAUGCAGAGGCAGAAACAUCCAUCAGGACACAGACCAACAGUGUGAAUUCCUCGGGGAGAGCCGAGUUGUUGACUUUCAAAACCAGAAAAUCUUUUGCGUUCAGUCCUAUUUUCUCAUGGCAUCAAGGAAUACUGAGUGGUCUUGGAGGUUGUUACAUCAUGUGGGGGGAGCGGCACUGGAGACAAAGACCACUCACCCCGAUGUUUAUGUUGCAACAGGGCUCAUUUAUUCCCAAGCCUUCCCUUAUAAAGGGCAUCUGAAAGAGCCCUUCUGGAUGCCCUCAUUGGUUUGAGCCCCAUGCCCCUUUGGGUCCUGGCCAGAGAGAUGCCUGCUGCCGUGGGAGAUAGGUGAUUGGGUGAGCCCCCUGUCAAUCAUGAUGACAUCCCACCCUUCUUGUCUUUAUAAAUUUGCUGAAGUGCUCUGUCACCCAUCUGCAAGGGCCCUUUGCAAACAGGGUGACAGAAGACAGCAUGGAUCUAAUUUACACUGGAGCUGCAGCAUUCAGUUCCAGGACCUGUUAGGGGAGAACUCAGGCCACAGGAAUAAUGCUUAUUGGUUACAAAUUACAACUUAUCUCUACAAGCAGAAAGCUGUUUAACCUUUAACCCAUUUAACAUUUAGAGAAAAACCCAAAUAUUAAAAAACAAGCUGUAACCCUUUAUCCCUUGGAGAAACCUAUUUAUUCUUUGGAGAAAAACCCAACUCCCAGAAAACAAUCUUUAAGCAGAAAAACAGUUUCUAAACAGGAAAAGUUUGUAAACAUGAGAAAAAAAUUGUAAGCAAAUCAAGUCCUUAUAUGAACUGUGCAUGAGGUAGGUGAUCACUUGUGAUCAAUUAUUUUGUUGAGACGACAUCAGGUUGCCAUCUGUGAUUUUCAGUGUCCAUUGAAAUGUAUUUUAGGCAGCUGAAUAUCACAGGGUUAUUGUACUGUUGUAUGAUUCAUUGUAAAACAUGAGAACAUGAUACUACUUACGAUUCAAAGGGGGGGUGUACUUUCACCUCAACCUUUUUUCCUCUUUUUAGUUUGUAGAAUAAAUAAAAAUAGGAAACACAACAUGGAAUUUCAAUGCUAUUACUUAGGGGGUUGCUGAGGGGGUCUCUUUCACUAUCAGGACUUGAAAAAGCCUCUUCCGGAUAAGGCUUUCUCAUUUAUCUCAAUGGAAAAAAGGUUUAACUUAUGCAAAGUUUCAUCUAGGUUUACUAAAAUAUUUUUCUUUACCAGCCAGGUUCAUGGUUUGAUCAGGGCAAUAACCUUGGCUGGGAGAGGUUUUCUGUAUUUAUAUUUUAAAAACAAGCUUUUAUUAAUAUCUAGUGCAAGAAGAAUUUUAACAUGAAUAACAGUGCAAGCAAUAUACUUUUUCCGCUUUGUUAGAACUUAGAAGUUUUGUUAUUGACUUUAAUGGAUUGCUUUUAACUUUUAAAAUGAUGACAAGUGGCAGAAUUUCAGUUAAAAAACUUUGCAAAUUAAAUUUGCUUACAAUAAAUUGAUGUUCUA